AUGAACUCAAGAUUUGGUAAAUGGUUUCUUACAUAAAAGCAUUUAGAUCUGGAAAAUAAGAAUAAUCGACUUGUUAGAUUACGUUUUAGAUAGACGAGGAAUUUAAAUAUCAAAUGUUGGAAAUAGAAAGUAGGAUUUCAUAAAUUCAUCCACCAUAUUAACCUAGAUAAAUCAAGAUAUAGAGGAAUAAUACAUAUUUUAGAAGAGAAUGAUCACUAUUAAACUAUAUACAAAGAGAUAUUACAUCAAUUCAUUGAGAAAAUGAAAAAAGUAGAGGGUGUUAUAAUAGUAUUAGAAAAUACUAAAACACACCUUGAAAAAUGCAAAUACACUAAACUGGGAAUAUAUUAAUGAAGAAAAAGUUUAGCUUAAAGAAAUAAGAAUUCAGGGAAACCUAGCAAGAUAACUUGAAUACAUAGAAUGGCACAAUAAAGCCAUUUCUUAUGAAUUCAUGUGUUUCACAACUGCGAGAAUGAUUAUGAAAGACAAUACUUAGAACAAGAAGAAAUAGACAUGA